AUGGAAGCAAUCAUGGACGCCCACGGGUUGUGGGAAGCCAUCGAGCCACCAACCGACGUGGCUGUAGACGAGAAGAAGUCGAAACAGGCUCGUGCUUUUAUCUUUCAAUCGAUCCCGGAAGAAAUCUUGUCGCAAGCUGCGAAGAAGAAGACGGCCAAGGAGGUCUGGGAUUCGUUGAAGUCCCGAUACGUAGGUGCUGAACGGGCCGAGAAGGCUCGGUUACGGAUCUUGAAAAGUGAGUUUGAAGCUCUACAGAUGAAGGGCGGCGAGACCGUUGACGAUUAUGCCGGAAAGCUAUCCGGAAUGGUCUCUAAAUACAACAGUGUAGGGGCAGAAUUGGAUGAUGAAGAAUUGGUCCGUAAAUUGUUUGACACAGUCCCGGAGAGAUUUAUAAACUUGGUGGCUUCGAUUGAGCAAAGCUUGGAUGUUGAGUCUAUGCCAUUCGAAGAAGGUAUUGCGCAUCUGAAAGCGUACGAGGAUAGAGUGAAGCUCCGCCAAUCACAUCGAGCGACUGAAAACAGCUUGUUGUUCUCUAAAACAGAAUCUCAGACGAGUUCUAAAGGGCAUGGAAAGGGUCAACAGUUUACGAACCAGAGAUCGGGGGGUCGAGGCAAGGCUGACCGGGGUGGUCGGUGUAACACUCCGUGUUACGAAAGUCAAAUUUAA